AUGGUAUUCAGAUCUGACGGUGUCGAUCCCGCUGGCAAGAACCACCCAGGCAUGGAUGAAAUUGACCUUGCCAAGGCUAUGGAAUGCCCUGGUGUUCUUGAAAGGCUAGAGAAUUACUUUCAGGAAGUGGGCUAUAAGCGGGAUCGUGCUGGUAAUACCACUGGCCCUGAUUUGAGUGGGAGUGGGAGUGCCACUGUAGGUGCUGGUCUCGGUGCUGGUCCUGGUGCUCAUACUAGAGCUAGUGCAGGUGCUGGUCCUGGUCCUGAUUCUGGGCCCGGGGCUGGAUCCCCUGCUCCAUCUGUUACAAGAAUCACAACUAGAGAUAGCUCUGGUACAGCUACAGGUAAACCAGAGACUUCAGCAGGUAGUUCCAAGACAUCCGAUACUGUAGAUUCGGUCGGAAAAGGUAAACCUCUACCGUCAGAAUUCAACGCAGAUGAAAAUCUAGAAGUUUUACUUCGGGCAUUGGGUCAAAGUGGUAAUGGGCCCUUUCCACGUAAUGCCACUCAGGAAGAUAUGUACCAUCCAGCAGUGUCUUUUAAGGAUUUAGUUGUGAAGGGCCGACCGUCAGAACCUGGUCCUAUUCCAACUGUGUUCGAAUUAGGAAAAAAAAUUCUUCUCUUUCCAGUAUCUGUGUUCAAGUUAUUUGCAAAAAAAGAGUAUCCAACUAUUCUCCAUGGAUUGGACGGCAUUGUGUAUCCGGGAGAAAUGCUGCUUGUGUUAGGCGCCAAUAAUGCAGGCUGUUCAACACUACUCAAAACAUUAUCGGGCCACAUCAAUGACUAUUCCUUGGUUGAUGGGUCGGUAUGCUACGACUCUAUGACAUUGGACAGUCUACGACGUUCGUCUUACAGGUCUCAAGUUAUAUACAAUUCAUCAAGUAAGUACACUUUUGACUGUCAAAAAUUUAUUAUUUGGUGGCCUAUAUUUGUUUACAUACUUUACUCAUACUCACAAGUUUAG